AUGAGUGACGAGCCCUCCAGGAUUUCCAAACUUGAGGUCAUAGACCUGGCAGGUUUACGGACACGUUCGUCGACUGAGGUUGAGAAACUGCUCAAUGCUGCUCGUUCUUCCGGCCUCUUCUACCUGAAUCUUCAGAAUGACGUAAUUGGGAGGCAGAUAGCAUCGAUGCUGCCAGACAUCUACCUCGUUUCGGAGAACUUCUUCCGCCAGUCGAGCGAUGAGAAAAUGAAAUUCCACAGAGCUUGGCAGAAUCCGUCGCAGGAUCGUGGCUAUAAACAAAGCAGUUGUGAUGAGACUUUCGAGAUGGCUUAUGACGAAGUCCUCCAGAAGACAUGUCCGCUUCCUAAAUUGAUGGAAGAAAAGAUUGGACUUGUGGAUCUCUUUUCGAAGCUCUGUCACUCUACCUGCCUCACCGUGUUGUCGUCCUUUUCCGACGUUCUUGGCUUGCUUGACGACCAAAGAUUCGAAUCAAAACACCGCGAAGGAGAAACCAGCGACUCAGGCUUGAAGCUCAUAUCAGAGCCGACCCUGGACAAACUUAGUCAAGUUGGAGACAAUGUGCACACCGACAGCGGUACGCUGACAAUGUUGUUUUACGAUCUAUGGGGUCUUGAAGUAGAGCAACCUGGUGGUGGUGAAUGGGCAUUCACAGCACCCAUGAUGGAUUGCGCGCUUUUCAAUGUUGCGGACUCGCUGCAGCGACUGUCGCAAAAUCAGCUUCAUUCGCCCAGACAUCGAGUGACUCAACCUGGAGAUGGGGCGGGCGAGCGGUAUUACAUCUCAUAUUUCCUCAGGCCCGAGCAUACCGUGCCUCUCUGCGGCAAACUGCGGCACGAGCCCUCUCUCCAGUACGAUUAG